GAGGCAAUUUCAUGUUUAUUAAUAUGUUUAUACAUGUAUUUCAACAGAUGAUGUACCGAGUAAUACCAUUUGCCGUCUGUCUCUUAGCACUGACAAGUUCGAGUCACGCACUUCCGGUUUCAACGUCACGAGAUUUUAAUUUUGCCAUGGAUUUCGAGCAGACGACAAUGUCUAAGCCGACUACAACAAUAGACUAUGACCUUGCCGACUUUGAUGAGUACGGGAAUGAUCCAGGAAUUUAUGACGUUGCAGGUUCUCCUGAUGCGAUACAUCUAGCAGACGACACUGAUCAAGGGUUUGUAAAUAAACUUGAUUUCGACACCGGACAGUCUUUGUUUGAGUAUGGAUUUACUGUUACAGCAAGUGUUUCGAAGUCCCCAAUAAAAGGCGGAGGAAUAUCUGAUGAAAUUUCAGAAAAUUCUAGAACUGGCAGUGAAGGCGGGCCAUCUGAUGAAGGAACUAAUCCUUAUUCCAACAAUCAACAGGUAGCAAAUGUUAUUCCACCUGAAAACAAUACAAAUUACAAUGUGUAUGAACAGAUAAACCAAAAUAAUCAGAAUGAAAAUGAAGAUGACAUUAUUAUUGGAAGCGGCGGUCAAAUAAAACAAUCGUAUCAAGGAUCACAAGUGAAAAGUAAUGAUGAAGUGUCAUCAGAACUAAGCGGUAAUGAUAAAGUUGUGAACAAUAUCAUCCCCAAACAAAACAAUCAAAGUGAAAGUGGAGCAGGUUCGUAUACUAAAACAAGAGUAAACUCCAAUGAAGAUAUGAAUAAAGACAAUCAUCGUGGGAUUGGUUCAUUUAAUGCGGGAAGUUAUUAUACGGAAAAUACGGAUGAAGAAACCGCCAAUGACUUAGCUGAAUUACCAAAUUCGCCUGGACUUAAGGGAGAACUGUCUCAAGGACAUUCUUCAAGUCCUAAGAAGAAUGAUGGUUCUCCAGAAAGAACAGAUCAACAGCUUCCUUUAGGUACUAAUUUGAAAUCACCUGAUGAAAAUUGGUCACCUACAGCAUCGGACGAUGAAAACGGGUCACAAUCAACUUCGGCUGGACCCGGGUCACCGGAAACUUCAGAUGAAACCGGGUCAGUAUCAACUUCAGAUGAAAGUAGCUUCGGGUCAACUUCUGAUGACAGCGGAUCACAAUCAACUUCUGAUGAAAACGGGUCACAUGCAACUUCAGAUGAAAAUGGAUCACUAUCAACUUCAGAUGAAAACGGAUCAUGGGCAACCUCAAAUGAAAACGGGUCACCAGAAACUUCAGAUGAGCAGGGGUCACUGUCAACCUCAGAUGAAAACGGAUCACAGUCAACUUUAGGUGAAACCGGAUCACAUACUACUUCAUAUGAAAAGGGGUCAACGGAAACUUUAGAUAAGAGUUCACUGUCAGCCUCAGAUGAAAUAAAGUCUCAAUCAACUUCGGAUGAAAACGGGUCACAAUCAACUUCGGAUGAAAACGGGUCACAAUCAACUUCAGAUGAAAACGGGUCACAAUCAACUUCAGAUGAAAACGGGUCACAAUCAAUUUCAGAUGAAAACGGGUCACAAUCAACAUCUGAUUCAGAUGAACUCGGGUCACAAUCAACUUCAGAUGAAAACGGGUCACAAUCAACUUCAGAUGAAAUCGGGUCAGCAUCAGAUCAAAAUGAAAUACAUUCAUUUUCAAAAGAUAACAGCAUUGAGAAAAACAAAGAGGGCACACUCCCCUUUGAUACAAUAGGGGGAUUUUCGGAGGAUUAUGAUAAAGAUUUUGAUUAUGACAUUGAUGCCAAAGAGUCUGAUUUAGCUCAAGUAUCGAAUAAAACAGACAACGAAGCAGCCGAUGAUCAUGGCCACAGCACAGAAAGCUAUGAUUUAGCCAUGUGCUUCUCAUCUACUGAUGAAGAUUAUAAAUAUUGUCCAUUGCUCCGCUCUUUAUAUUCUAUCUGUAAACUGCAAUUCAAACAGGAGUGUGCAUCAAGUGAUGCAGAAUAUAUUUCCAGCAUCGGUGCAGUCUCGUCAAACUUAAAAAGCUCUUCUUUACCAGAUACUAGUAUAUCAAGUGAUUCGUUUGAAGACUUGUAUCCGGACACUUUGGAUAGUACUUCAUCUGGUGAUUACUUCGGUAGUAGCAGUAAAACAAGCUCGAUGUCAGUUGAGGCUAUUGAAAAUUUAUCAACUUCAUUUGAAAGGUCACGAUCUAUAUUUGAUGUUAUCAGUAUAAUAAAAGAGGCAUGUGGCAGUAUCUGUGCACUUGCUGAAAAUGCCCCGAUUGGUGACACAAAUCAAGACGUAAGAGAUGAUGAUGAAGGUAAAAACAGAGAUGUGGACAGUUCAGAGAGCUCGGACGAUGCUAAUGACUUAAAUGAAGCAGAUACAAAAGCUGUCGUGGAUUCUGACGAAGAUUUAGAUGACCAAAGUACCAGCACUAAAAGUUCCAGGGAUUAUCCUAUCAAGAAAACUUCAAACGAACAAUUAGUAGAUGAUAGUUUAACGAGUAGCGUCUAUGAAGACAGCAUAUCAAGUACCGAUUCAAGUGGGGGUAUCAGUUUUGAAUAUACCAGUUACGCUUCGGAGAAUACUAGUGAUCAAUCAAAAUGACUGACUUUUACAUAUGAAUAGACUCGUAAAAACAAACAUAUAGUUUUUAGAGACUAGGAACGUUAGAUAAAGUAUUAUAUGCUUUGUGAGCAGCAUAUGAAUGAUAGAUGUUAAGUGGCAUUCCCAAUGUUUACACUUCAUCUUGAUGAAAUAAAAUAUCUACAUUUGUGAAAGGUAGUCAGU